AUGCUACUUAAACAUAAAGACAAGAUGCAUAUGCUGAAUGAAGCACUCAUAUUAUAUAAGAGAUUGGCCAAGAAAGUUAUUCAAGAUAAUCAAGAUAAUCAAGAUUCUUCAGAGAUUAUACAGAAAGAGAUUGCAAGCCUGCUAAAUUCACUACUUAAUUCAAACAAGAAACAGAAAAUGUGUCAACAUUAUUAA